CGACGCUUAGCAGUCUCCCACUUCCACUCCACAUCACCUCACUCACCUCGAUCACCAUUCACCAUGGCUUCCAUCAAGCUCUUUGCAAUUGGCCUCGUCGUUUUACUAAGCAUUGGACUGUGCAAUGCUAUUAGGGUGGUAAAUCAUGCCACUGCAGAUGGCCAAGGUGGUGGAGGUGGUGUAGCUGGCGGGAGCGGAACCAGCUAUGGCUCUAGCUAUGGCUCCGGCUUCGGCAAUUCUGAGGCCUACGAUGGCAGUGCCCAGUCCCCGAGCUCUGGCCACGCAUAUGGCAGUGGAUCUGGUGGAGGUGGUGGCGAUUGGCAAGGUGAGGACGAGUGCGCGUCUGGUUAUGGAGCAGGUGGUGCAUCUGGUGAAGGCCAUGGUGACUCAGGUAACUCCAACACCAAUGGGGCUGCAAAUGCAAAUGGAGUUGGCGGCGGGGGUGGCUCCGGUGGAAGCAACGGGAACGGUAGUGGAUCUGGUGGUGGCAACGGAGUCGGGGAAGGUGAAGGCGAUAACUAUGGUGCCUAUGGCUCGAGUUUUGCAAAUAGCGGUGGCGACGGAGGUGGGAGCGGAGGCGGUCGUAAUGGUGGGUUCGGCAGUGGUUCCGGUGGCGGAUCUGGGAAGAGUGGUGGUGCCACAUCAGGUUAUAAUGAUGGCAGCUACAACGGAUCAACACCUUAAAGUCCAUUUGCUUGAAAUAAUUUGGUUAUUAGUUUUGAGUUUUGGUAAACCAUGUGUGGGCUAUAGUUUUCGGUUCUUAGUUCUGAGUUUUGGUAAUAAUGAGGCAAUGAUUGGUUUGUAACCCAUGUGUUGGUUGCAGUCAGCAAAUUAAAUGUUCAUGUUAAAUGUUGCUUUUCAUCAAUAAGUAAUGAAAGAAGAAGUUCAGUUUGCUUGAUAGUUAA